ACCAUAGAUACUACGGACAUACUAAAAUGGGCUAACGAGAAAGGAGAAUUUAUCAGAAAACCCAGUUCAUUCCGGAACUGGAUUACAGCUGAUGGUAGCUCAGGAUUCAAAGCAGAAGCUGGUCGAUAUCACCUCUAUGUCUCGCUCGCUUGCCCCUGGGCUCACAGGACACUCAUCGUACGCCAGUUGAAAGGUCUGGAAGAUGUCAUAACGUUCAACGUAGUGGAUUACCAUAUGGGGCCCAAUGGAUGGAGGUUUAAUCCAGCUGUCGAGGGAGCCACUCCUGAUACUGUCAAUGGUUUCUCUAUGAUAAGGGAGGUCUAUUUCAAAGUUGAUCCUGAUUACAGUGGUCGUUUCACAAUCCCAGUUCUUUAUGAUAAGGUGAAUGGUACUAUUGUUGAUAACGAGUCGUCCGAGAUAAUUCGUAUGUUAAAUACGGAAUUUAACUGCAUUUACUCUUGUUAUACUAUACUGACUCAAGGCAUUAACAAUGGAGUCUACAGAGCAGGGUUUGCUACAGCUCAAGAUGCCUAUGAUAAAGCAGUGAGGGAAGUGUUUGAGUCACUGGAUUGUGUUGAGGGUAUCCUAUCAACACAACGUUACUUAACUGGAGCUAGUAUAACUGAAGCUGAUGUUAGACUCUAUACCACAUUAGUGAGGUUUGAUCCUGUUUAUGUGGGACACUUCAAAUGUAAUAAAAAGAGGAUUGUUGAUUAUCCCAAUAUUUGGGGCUACUUGAGGGACCUGUACAACACUCCUGGGUUUGGCAGUACCACCAAUAGGUAUCAUAUUGAGCACCACUAUCAAAAGACUUCAGUGAAACAGAAGAGAACUUGUUACUAGUAGAUGAAUCAUC